UCCUCACAUUGCUUCAAAGAAGGGGAAGAAGUAACCCUUUUGGCAGAGAACGAAGCAUCCCAUCUUCUUCUCGAUUUUCCAAGUCUCCUUCUUUCCUCCACAUAAUUCGACAAAGUCUUCGAUUUUCCAAGCCGGGGGUGAAGAAUUUCGGUCUUGUGAGAAAACCCAAUUCUCUAAUUCGAGAGAUGUCGUCGGGAGAGAAAGAUCACGAAGGAACAACGGUGGCUGAGACCGCAGAUCAGAACGAUUCCGCCGUUGUACCGUCGGAGACUCCCGUUCCCGGCGGCGGAGGCGGGGAGGAGAAGAAGAAAGCGAAGGGUAAAGGAUUGUUCUCGCGAAUCUGGAACUGGAUAUUUAGGGUUAAAAGAGACGAUUUCGAGAAGAGGCUCAAAGGUAUAUCAAAGGAAGAAGCUACGAUCAGAUCCAGGAUGAAGCGUAGAUCUGUUACGAGGAGGAAACUCAUUAGGAAUCUCAUCGCUUUCUCUGUCUUCUUCGAGGUGAUUGCAGUGAGUUAUGCGAUUAUGACAACUAGAGAUGACGAUUUGGAUUGGAAACUGAGGAGUUUCAGGAUCUUGCCUAUGUUUCUUUUACCUGCUCUUUCUUUCCUUACUUAUUCCUCUCUCGUUAGCUUCACCAGGAUGUGUGAGUCUUUCUUUGUGAAAGGAUGGAACUUUUGGUGUUGGGUUUGUUGUCUUGAUCGUGUAAAUUGGUUUGGUGCAGGUGACCGCAGAGAUCAAAACACUUUGGAGAAGCUUCAAGGUGAAAUGCUGGGGAAGAUCGAUGAGUUGAAAGAGAGGACUAAUUACUUCACCACGUUGGAUAUUCUUCGUAGGUUUGACCCUGACCCAGCUGCGAGGGCGGCUGCUGCAACUAUUCUUGCAUCCAAGUUGGGCGCUGAUUCAGGCUUGAAAGUACAUGUAGGAGAUGAAUCCCAACUUGACCCCUCCACAGGAAAGAGCAAUGACAUGGAGAUCAAACACUCACAAGGGCUCAGGAAUCGAAAACAACCAAACACAAGCCGCAGCGUUGCUGGGACCACUUCAACCCACCAUUCAGAUAAUGAGUCUAACCACUCUGGAACAAGCGAAGGAACCACAGAGCAAAACCAGCAGAUGGCUUUUGAGCAUUUUAACCCCCAGGGAUAUGCUGCUCAUGAUGGUAGCUGGAUCUCACGCAUAGCGGCUCUCCUCGUGGGUGAAGAUCCAACUCAGUCAUAUGCACUCAUCUGCGGAAACUGCCAUAUGCAUAACGGACUUUGUCGGAAAGAGGACUUCCUGUACACUACUUACUACUGUCCUCAUUGUCGAGCCCUGAACAAGCCGAAGCAUUCAGAAGAGCAAGCAGUUGUUCCUCAUGCUAGCACAGUUUCUCUGAAUCCAAUGGAAAGCGAAGUGAUUAAUAGCAGUAGCUCCACUAGCGAGCGUGGUGACAGUCCAGUCCCUGCAGCAGAGGUUGUGGGAGAAGCCCCAGAAACAAGCUAAGAAAAAGUUCAUGUGAGGUAAAGAAGAAAAGGCUUUCGUAUGUGUGCUGUGAUAGAAAGAGAGAAGAUGGUUUUCGUAUCUUAUACAUGCUUGCAAUUUUGAUUGUGGAAAUGAAAGUCAAAAACUAUCCGAAUAGGUUUUUAUUUUAUUUUAUUUUUAUUUUUCGUCUUUCCUUGUAAACACAUCGCACCUUGUAUUUUUAUUUAUCUUCUUUACAUUGGUUUGGGUUGUUUCUAGUUUGAAUUCAGAUCAAGAUAAUGGUUUCGUGAA